AUGGCAAAGUCUUGCUCUUGUUUCAGCUUUUCCUUUGUACCUUUGCUUUUUUGGUGCAUUCUACUCGUUUCUUCGGUAAGCAGUCGUGUCUUAAGCCAAACGAAAGAGAAGUUUUUGUCCACAAAUUCAUCAGAGGGAAAUGAAAGCGGAAAAGCUUGCUCCAAUGGCUGCACGUUGACUGUCAACGCAAGCGAAGCAGUUAAGUUCACUAAUUUGAUAGUUAAGCAGAAAGCCCUAGCUAUCUUCAUUAUUGUCACAGUUGGGAACACCACAGGCCAAGCUCGGAAAAAUUUACAAAACUAUAAAAACGAUGAUAAAACUAACAUUACCACCUCUCAAGUUCAAGUUGUUCAGAAAUGGGCCUGGUUACGAAAUCAACGAGGGAAGUUCCUGGCCACCCUUCCUUAUGAUUUUGACAUCCUUUCACUUACAACUUUGAAGAAAGACGCAUAUAGUGUACAUAUUGAUAUAACUGCGACUCCCUUGAGCUGCUAUUCAAACUUGACCGAGGAUUGUUUGCAUGGUCUGAUUGCUAAAACCAUUGUUGAAGAGUUGACUGGAACACGUGGAGAUGUCUGCGUCAGGACAGUGGAAACCGAGGAAAAAGAAGGAUACCUUUGCUGUGAGCGUAGGAACAAUUCUGUGUUUAGUUGUGACUUGUUAUUUGAAAACAAUCGCUGGGUUGAAAUUGCUCUCAGAUUUCUUUGGGCUUUGUCAAUUGGAUUCGGAAUAUUUGCACCACUGUUAUUCAAGUAUUUACCGAAAGAGUUCAAAAAGGGCCCAAGAGUAAAAGCAAGAGCAGUGUUUACCAGAUUUGAAUCAGAAAUCUCUGAAGCUGAUACAUCAUCAUUAGAUGUUGUGACGACAACUCGCCCGCGCCAGGUGCUUCUUGCAUUGGAUGGCGGAAUGAUGGACAUUCUCAGGACUCAAACAGAGUCAAUCUUUAUUUCAAGAUUAUGUCGCUGUCUUUUUGUUAUCUCAUUAAGCUGUCUUCCAAUUCUUCAAGCUUUUAUAUAUGCUUAUUUGAAAAAAUCAGAAAUAGGCAUAUCCACUGGAAAAUUGCUGGGUGUUGGAGAUGCAUUCAUCACCUUGAUUGAAAGGGAUGGACAGUUUGCGUUACGUGUGUCCUACUGCUUUUGCAUUGGGCUUGUGUGCAUUGCAUUUUCAAUCCCUAGAACUCUAUCAGAAUUUGCAAGGCGGAUUUCAGGGAGGAGGGAUGAACGUACAUUCCUUGGGUUUAGGAAACCAGAUGAAAUUGUCAGCUCUUCAGACCAACGAGGGUUUCAACUCUGUUAUGAAAACAUGGUGUUUCAUCUAAACUGUCUCCUCAAGUUCCAGUUUUGGAAGUUUGUAUUUUUUGUCAUCACCUACCCUUUGCAGAAAUUGUUUGGGGUGGACUGGCUUGACGAUGAUGCUGACUUUCACAAUGAAGCUUUAGAAAGUGAAGACAGACCAGGCAUCUGCUCAAAGAUUUGCAGAGGAAUGUUUUUGCUCUUAAUGUUUCCUGUGUGGGCCAUAACUUUAUCCACAGCGUUUCUUCUGUAUAUUUUUCCUGUAACCUAUGUUGCCUUCCGCAUUUGGAAAAUGUUAUUCCGAGUUGAAAUUGAAUCACAGUGUUGCCAAAAAAUUCCUUCAUUUGUCAAGAUAACAUCAUUCCCAAUUUUGUACAUCGUGUUUAUUAUUUUUUGCAUAUGUGUGGAAGUUUCUUAUUUCAUGCUUGCUGUAACCUUCACAAUCAACAUCAUGUUCCUGGGAAGUGUUGCUGGUUUUACAAUCAUGGGCCUGUUAUUUUACAUUGACAUGUACCUACCAUACAUUGUCUUAGGAGCAUGGGUGCUUAUGUACAGUUUGAGAGGAGUGAAUAAGUAUUAUGCACAGUUUACCAGACUGAAGGCCAUUGUUUUUGAAGAGUGCGAAAAGUUUGACAAUGAUACCAAAGCAGAGGCCAACAUUCGAGAAACUUUCAGUGGGCCCAUUUUACCAGAAAGGCGAUCGCCAUCAACGUCUUCCCUUCCAAGGUCGAAGUCAGUCAAUUUUCUUGUGACUAUAGAUGACUAUGGUGUACCAAGUAUUCCACUAGACAUAUUUCUUGCAUCAUCCCGCCAGCUUAUGCCUUUCAAGCGCAUCAUGUUAGCAAAGCUGUUAAAGAUCAUUGCACUUGGAAGCUACCUUGUGGUGAUAUUUUUAUUUGUAAGAUCUCUGAUUGAAUUUCAAGCAGCAAGCAGUGUAGUGCAAGGAUUAGCCCUCUUGCUUCUGGGUGGGUUGCCACUGCUGGCUUUCCAAAGUCAAGUUCAGGUGUCUGAGGCUGAAGAAAUUAGAUCAAGGUUUUAUGUUAAGGAAUACAUUAAACAAUACACCAAGAGAGCUUUGUGA